GAACACAGGGGCGAAGGGAGAGCGGCGAUUCAGUCCCGUGUCUUAUUAUAAAGGAUGGGGGAUCGCUACACCAUGUCCACUGGCGUGCCGGGAGGUGAGCGCUGGUUCAAUCUCAGCGCAUUGCAUCUCCGUGGUAGCAGCGCCGCAACCGCAUUCCUGUCAGAUCUGGACAUGUGAACCGAGUCCAAGAUUUAAAAAAAAAAAAACUAAAACAAGGAGAGUGCAGCAGAUUCCAAUUAAAAGAGAUUAUUGGAUUGGCUGCAACAGAUUAUAGCUUGUUUCAUUCCACUACAUAGGAUUUGGGAAAGGUGGGCAACAUUCCCAGUGUUUUUCAGCCGAUCUUCACAGAAAAGGCAAACGAGGUGCACACCAUGCUGACGAGCAUCACCGAAGGGAUCCUCUGCUGCCUGACCGGGAAGUCCGCCAAUGUGGUGGUGCCCAUCGAGAGCUCGGAGCCCAGCGACGGCUACGAGUUUGUGGAGGUCAAGCCGGGGAGGGUGCUGAGGGUCAGGCACAUUGUCCCAGAGAGGGGGCCCGUCCCGGAGGAGGAGCUGUCCGCGCCGGAGCCCGGGCGGGGAGGCCGCGUGCACUGCAAGCGCAAGAUCACCGUCUACCGCAACGGGCAGCUGGUCAUCGAGAACCUGGGCGACGUUGUGCGCUCCGAGAUCCUGCACUGCCAGAACGGCAACACUGAGCCCAGCAGCACCGUGGAGGUGGAGCUCUCCGACUACAACAGCGCCGCCACCUCCGCCCUCGCCCCCGAGCCCAAAGCCGCCGCCGCCGCCGCCGCCACCACCCCCGGGCCGCAGCGGCGGCGCCGGCGCAAGCCCAAGCGAACGGUGGCGAUCGACUGCGAGCGCAAGAUCUCCAGCUGCAAGGGCACGCACGCGGACGUGGCGCUGUUCUUCAUCCACGGCGUGGGCGGCUCGCUGGACAUCUGGGGCAGCCAGCUAGACUUCUUCUCCCGCCUGGGGUACGAGGUCAUUGCCCCCGAUCUCGCGGGCCACGGGGCCAGCUCUGCGCCCCAGAUUGCUGCCGCCUACACCUUCUACGCGCUGGCCGAGGACAUGCGCACCCUCUUCAAGCGCUACGCCCGCCGCCGAAACAUCCUCAUUGGACACUCCUAUGGGGUGUCGUUCUGCACCUUCCUGGCCCAUGAGUAUCCAGAGCAGGUCCACAAGGUGGUGAUGAUCAACGGGGGAGGGCCCACAGCGCUGGAGCCCAGCCUGUGCUCCAUCUUCAACCUCCCCACCUGCGUACUCCACUGCCUGUCCCCGUGCUUGGCCUGGAGCUUCCUGAAAGCGGGGUUUGCCCGUCAAGGUGCCAAGGAGAAACAGCUGCUCAAGGAGGGCAAUGCCUUCAACGUUUCAUCUUUCGUGCUGCGGGCCAUGAUGAGUGGGCAGUACUGGCCGGAGGGCGACGAGGUUUACCAUGCUGAGCUCACUGUGCCCAUCCUGUUGGUGCAUGGCAUGCAUGACAAGUUUGUGCCCAUUGAGGAGGAUCAGCGCAUGGCAGAGAUCCUCCUGAUCGCUUUCCUGAAGGUGAUCGAUGAGGGCAGUCACAUGGUGAUGAUGGAGUGUCCCGAGACUGUCAACACCCUUCUGCACGAGUUCUUCCUGUGGGAGCCCGAUCUCCCUCCCAGUGAAUCCCCGCCCAGCCAGGACAAUACCCCACCCCUGGACAACACGUCUCCUCCCACCACCGACAAGAACCCACCCCCUCCAGAGAGCCAGAAACAGAACAAGUAACCAAUGGGAGCCUUUUUUUUGCAACCAAAGUGAACCAAUUCAAAGGCUUGUCCCAAGGCUGGCUGCAGUGGGCACUGUCUUCCCACAGGCUGAAAGCUAUUUUUAAGGAGGCAAGGGGGCCACUAGGGGCUCCAAGCUUGAGCUGGACCAGGCAUCUGGACCUUGAAGUGCUCAGCAAAGAAAGGAGGAACUUGCGAGAAUCGGAGGAAAUUAGGAAUGGUAAAAGUCAAGGCAGCUAUGGAGAUGAUGGUUUGCUUGUUCUAUACCACACAUCCCAAAGACCUUUUUUUGCCACUGGAUCAUGUCUUUCCUUCCAGAGUGAACUAGAGUUCAAAUAGAAGGACUGCUGUCCUUAAGGACCAUGCUGAUAUUUUCCAAGUCAUCGGCGAACAAGUUUAGCUUUUUUUCGGGCCUCUCCUCUGUGAAGAGGAAAUACAAUCACCUCCGCUAUAUUAAACAGGUGUAUGUAGUUUUACAAAGGGCCAGAUCAAAGGGGCAGAUGUGACCUCUUCUGUUGGCUUAUAAAUGUUUUCUUCUGCAGGUUACACAGCUUACUAAUACUCCAUCCCCACCCCCAAAAGCAGCAGUCUCACAACAUGCAAGAAGGAAGGCACAUGUCAAUACGUUGAAUAUUGUCAAAUAUGUUUGUCUAUUUUUUUAUUAUUAUUAGCAGAACAGGAGACAGACCAAUCCAACUACUCAGGCCACCCUGCCUGCUCUUAAGAAAACACAAUCCUGCCCAGCACACAGCAAAUAAACUACUUAUUGCUCGGGAACAGUAAGUUAAUCUCUACUGCCCCACACCCGUUGCUGAUAAACCACUAGCUAAGCCAGCCAGCCCACCCUAAUUCUGCACCCUUUUCAAUGUCAGAAUGGAUUUCAGUGACUCGAUGACUAGGCACGCGUAUGUCUUAACCUCAGUCCGUGUCGUUUUCUAAUUGAAAGGAACAGUGCAGAAAGUUUCGAUAACAGCCUUGAAUUCAAGGUGUAAAGUUCUAAACACUAUUUAAAAUAAAUUCUUCCCAUGGAGAUCACUGACACUUGCGACUUUCACAAGACACUAGUUCAAGGUAGAACAGGGGGCUCACAACCCAAGAUCAGAGGGUCCGUGAGCUGCGAUUCAUUUUCUGUCUCUUGAAAUGAACAGCUGAAGGCUGUGAAUAAGGGGUACACUGAUCCAGGUUGAAUCCUAACUGGAUCACUUUAAAACUCCUCUUUAGUAAAGACCUACUAAGGACUUAAGGCUAGGCAGAAAACUAGCUGAAGUCCAGAAACAGAAGACUGGACUUGAGACCCUCGAGCUAUAAAAAUACCCAAAGAUCGGUGCCAUGGGGAAAGUCAUCAUCACUGUUCCAAAUUCAAUUGUCCGACAAUCAACCUGGGUAACAAAUACUGCACAGCAGAAACAGGAAAAGAGUUAAAUUUGCCUCAAUGCAUUAACCUGUGAAUGCACAUGGUCCACGUGGGGCUUGGAAAGGCAUUGCUGACGAAGAGUCAAGUGUGUUGAUGCAGAAAUAAGAGACAAGCAGAUCUUUCCUCCUCGGCUUGUUCCUGAAACGGAAGAGCUUUGCAAAAACGAGAAGCUAAAAAUAUUCGUAAAAAAAAAAUCUGUGUUGUUUGUGCCAGGUUUGUGGUUCAAGAUGUUUUAUAUUAAAAAUAUAUAUAAUAACCACAUAUGUAAUCCUACAGGGGACACUAGAAACACUAUCUACUUGAACAUUAUUUAACGAGACCGAGUUAUAGUUCCUUCUCCAGAAAAAACCCUCUAAACCUUUUAUCUCAAGACUGCUAUCCUAAUAACGUUUCCCUAACCACCCACUAAUGACAAAAAAGUGUCAGUCCCUGUACCAAUUAUUUUUUAAUAACCAGAUAAAUGGAAUGGCCACUCCUGCUGGAUUAUGUGACAGGUCUUUCAUUUUGUUUUCUAAGUAUAACUCUUUCCCACUUCAACUGCCAAACAACCAAAGCAUCUACUACUAACAUUUGGGCACCUUGCCGAACAUACUCACUGUAUCCAAAAUUCAAGGUAACUUUGUCGCCAUACAAAAAAAACAAUUCACAGUAAUACAUACACAAGUCCUUAUGUACCAAAUUCAUUUAACUCCUUAAGGAAAUUCUAUGCACUUGCAGGGAAAACACCUGCUUUCUGUACAGGACUGAACCUGCCUGGGCAAGCCCAACCUUGUGCAUGUAGAUUAAUUUCUGGUGUCCCUUGUGUGUGUCUUAUAAUGGAUCAUUGUGUUAAGCAAUGUCAGUGUACUGUACUGUAUAUAGCUUUGCUUUUACCUCCAUGUAUCCUGUAGCUCCUCUAACUUCCAUUACGGACAGGCAGCGGGCAGUGAGUUCUUUCAGGAGCCCCUCCUGUCCUUUAGACUGUUAUUCAAGCAGCCAGUGAGGAUAAACAACUCUGCCAUGCUUCACAGACGUGUAGACAGCCACCUGGGUUUCUUCAAGCUACAGUGUACUUUUAGACUAGUGAAAGCAAUACGUCAUAUUACAACACGAAUUAACCAAAGCUACACUUCAAAACAGUGUCCCUUUGAGGUGUGAUCAGCAUUUCAUUGACAGAUUUCCAUCUUCUCCCCUACAGAGACCUUCACAAAGAGUAUAAAGCACAGCAUUUAGGCUCAGUGCAGUAGGAGUUGAUGACUUGGGAUGGGUUACACGAUUCUGAAUGGACUGAUUUAGCCAAAAGCAGCUAGAAUAGGUAGCUUGUCCCUGGUCCAAAGGUUCACAAAGCUGUAUUUAAACAACUAAACAAUGCUGUGGAUUUUUGUGGUACAGUGGAAUCAGCAAUAAGUGUUUAGGAGAUCCAAUAUAUUGACAAUCAAAAGAUACAGCUGAGAGAAAAAUUAAGCAAAAUAAAUUAGGGAAUUAUGCUGAUGGUUGAAACGGCAAUUCAUAUUUCAAAAGAAUAUUUAAUUUAAAACAGGAAGUGAAUUUUAAAAUUCUCACAUUACUGCCAUAAAAAAUGGCAUAAGGCUCAACAUCUGUGAGUGUACUGUAUUCAAUUAACUAUCUGACAGACAUGGCCAGUUAAGGAUCUCUGUGGCUUCUUUUGUAAAAACAAGUUUAAUCGGCUGGGCUUUAAUUCUACACUAAAUGCAUGUUCCAGUCAACAUUCUGAAGCCUUCUGACUGGCAACAUCAACAGCCUGAAAAAGAAAUUUUUUUCUUCAGACAAGAUUGAACUGUAAUCCGUGCAUCUCAUUAGGAAUCAGUAGAUCCCUAGAUUCCAAUUUGAACAAUUAGAUUUGAAAAAUCUGUAAAAUCUGAACCACCUCACUUCCUACUGUUGUAAGGUUAUCUGGUCUUCUAUCAAGGAUGGGUUUUAUAUGGAAUAUUUCAUCAGCCCAAUGUAUACUUACAAAGUGGGUUCAAGGAGCUCCGAUUUAACUAGUGAGUCCUCACAAUAUAUUGUCUCAUAAUGAGAAAUUGUGACUGUUUUAGUAAGGAGGAAGCACAAGCUGUUCAUUGCAUAGUUAAAAGUCUGAUCCUGGGUGGCGUGAGCAGUAUCGUUAUGGACCUUCGGUCCAAAAUUGAUAUAAUGACCUCCCACCAAAAUUAUUUUCUUCUUGAAUGUUUCAAGCCUAUAAAAAAAACAUUGCCCAUAGUAAUAUUAACAAAACACAGCACUUUAGGUCACGAAAGGACAUUUUUUACAAAGUUUAACUCCAUUCAGAAAUUGUAGAACAUAAAAAGGGACAAUUGGUCAAUUUUGACCUGUUCAUUAAUUAUUGCAAUCCAUAACUCAAGAUUAAAAAAACAAGGCCUACAAUCUACUGUCAAGAUUCCCCCUCCUAAACUAGAUCCCACUUCAUGUACAAGAAAUGCUCUUUUGACAUAUGGCAACAUUUUAUAUAACAUCACAAGCUGUCUAACAGCGAUACGAGAUGAGAACACUAGGUAUUACAAAUUGUUACAAUUGAAAAUUAAGUUUUAAAGUCUUGUCACAUCCUGCUUCCAAGGACUGUUUUGCAUCACUGUGUAAUAAUCAUGACUUUUAAAACCAGCAGCAGCUCAAUCACGGAAAACUGUGGACACGAUUCGUCAGAAUCCAGAACGAAAAGGACCUGAAAACCUGCUGGUUCCUUUAUUGGUUAAACUGGGUGUUUUAAAGAGACAAUCUUGAUCAGAUCCAUGUACAGUGCACACCUCUGCUUCUCCUUAACCCAGUGUUUCCCAAUCCUGGUGACCCAAACACCUGCUGGUUUUCAUUCCAUCCCACCUUAAUUAGAUAGCCACAGACUUAAUGGGUCUAAAAAGUUGCUUCAUCGGAAUAGAUGCAUUUUGUUUCUGAUCACAAGCUUGGGAUUUUAUUUCACUUACAAAACAACAUUUAAAGCUCUACCAUGUUUAAGAGAUGGAAACAAACAGUUCAGAUUAACCUCAUUAUUAAGACAAUGUGGAGUUUGAUUGUGUGACUGAACCAACAGUGUAACUGAACUAAAACCAACAGGUGUGUGGGUCACCAGGACCAGGACUGGGAGCCAGUGUCUUAACCUUUACAAUCGAUCAGUACCACAGUGUGGCACCUCCAUGUGGUUAAAAAAUGUAAAUGUUGGUAGCAGCUAAUCAUAAAGACUGUCUUCAAAACACUUGCGUUUAAAGAUAUGCUGGCUCUGCCAGCAGUUUAAGAACAAAAGACAACUCAUUAUACAAUGUGACGUGCAAUAGUGCCAUUUCCAGCAGUGAAAUAAAGCAUAUAUUCUCA